GCAUCUAAGUUUACGAAAAAUGAUGUAGAAGCACUGGGAGUGAAAUUUCAGCCAGCAUCCGAAGAUCUCGUUAUUCCUAAUGAAAAAAUCGAAGAUUUUCCAGAAAACUAUAUUUGCCCCAAAAUAAAUAGAGAUGUGCUCGAUAAAGCAAAAUUUAAAGUUCGAGAAAUAAGUGAUUUUUCCGAUGGGUUCGUUCAAACCUUCUUUGAUAAACUACAUAUCGUCACGAGAAACCCACCAGGAAUACCUGAGUCCAGCACUGGUGACUUGGUUGCUGAUCUUCUUCGUAUCGUUCGGCUGAAUUAUUAUCCUUUGAAAAUAGCCUGUCCCUAUGUUUCGGCAACUCCCGACUUUGUGGUUAAAAAAGGAACAAUAUCUAUGGUUAUUACAGAAGAUAAAAGUUUACGAAACGUUAGAGACCCUAUAAAUGAAUAUGGAGAAAUGCAAAUUGCGGGCGAAAUACUUGCUUGCGGUAAUGAAAACAUAUUCGAGGCUGGUGAGAUUUCUGAUCAGGUUUUAUUUGCCGUUCGCUUUAUAUCCACCUAUGUUACAUUUUACAAGGCUGAGAUUCCUAAGAAAUAUUGGAAUGAGCUUAGCAUAGGCUUACCAGAAAAAUAUUCAGUUGCAAUACAAAGAUGGCCAGGAGAGAAUAAAAAACUAAGUGGUCUUGAUCUUGCAGACCCAGAGGGAAGAAUAGCAGUGUUAACUGCAUUAACCAAAAUUCGUCAAUUUCUUUUGAAGUAA